UUCUCUCUCCCUCUCUUUCUCAAUGCUCUCAAUAUCUUUAUAAAGUUGUAAUUUAGCAGUGAACUCAACAUGAUAGUAGAAGAUAAGAGUAUUCAUUCAGUUAAAAGGAAGAAAAUAAGAGAAUCCAGUUCUUUCACAAAAAUGAUGUACAACGAUGAUGAGCAAAUUCUGAAACAGAUCAAUACCACAGAGGAAGAGGCAUAUAUUGAACUAGAUGAUGGAUUGGCGGAGGUAAGAAUCAUUAACAAGCAGGUAGCGCCGUUGGAGGAAAGCCCUUUCAAGGUGUUGCUGGAGGUCAACGGGCUAGGAUCCUACGAGGGUAGAUUACCUGUGGAUCUAGUGACGGUCUUAGACAUAGGAGACAGCAUGAAGGGAUCCCAGAUAGCAAAGGCAAAACUUUCCAUUAUGUUCUUGCUACAUAAACUCAGCUAUGUAGAUCGUUUGUCUAUCGUCACUUUCAGCAAGGAAGCUGACAGGUUGUGCCCACUGCGCCAGAUAACUGAAAGUUCUCGGAUGGAAAUUGCAAAUCAGGUUAAUGCUUUAGAAACAGGGUCUAGCACAAACGUUGGCGCUGGCUUUAAAAUGGCCUUAAAAAUACUCAGCGACCGCACCUGCACUAAAAGUCGUCGUGCUGCCAUCAUUCUUAUAUCUAAUGGCAUAGAAGAUGAUGACAGUGAUGCUGCAAAUGUUCCUGUUGGCAAGUUCCCCGUACACACAUUCGGUCUAGGUAGUGACUGCGAUAGUGAGGUGCUCGCUGCCAUUGCUAGGAAAAGUGACGGUGGAAUAUUUGCAAUGGUUCCAGACUUGGUCCCUCUGAGUGCUGUAUUUUCGAAAUCUUUGGCUGAUCUUCUAGAUGUUGUUAUGGAGGACCUAACUCUUAUUAUUACACCAGAAAAUGGUUACAAUAUCACUGAGGUGGGUUCCGUAAACUAUCAUCAACAAACAAAGGGCGGAGAGACUGACCCUGUUAUUGUUGCCUUUGGGUCAUUCUGCAACAGAGAGACUUGCAGGGUCAUUCUGAAACUUACUCUCCCGAAGGUUGAGAAGAGGUGUAGCACCAACAUUUUUAAAAUUUGUUACAUGUUCAGGGUCGUUGGGGAGGAAACAUCCAAGUCUGACGAGAGAACCAUAGAUGUGGUUCGCGAUGCUAUAUCAGGGGAGGAUGAGAUUGAGGAGGUGCUGGCUGAGGAGAAACGUAUCGGAAGUACCUACAACAUACGUGGUUUUGCACUUGUUGUUGAACCUUCUCCUAAACCAGAACGAGAUCUCCCAGUUGGUAUUCCAAGUGGAUAUGACAUUCCCCUUAUGGUUGAAUACAAGGAACAAGCUGCGACGUAUAGCAGGGAUCCUUCCGAAGAAGCAAUAGAGGAUAGGGUAAUGGAGGCGUCACCAAUACCAGAGGAUCCCAAAAAAGAGGGUUGGAGAUUUGGUAGGCUCAAGCAGGUGGUUGAUUUGGGAUACAACAUUGCCGAUAAAUUAAAAGAACACGACCCCCGGGCAACGUUCUCUGGUAAAAAAAUAAAAGCCUUGGCAUACACGAGCCGAUCCGGUAACUAGAGACACCUGCACCUUCACGAUGGAAUUCAGUACUUUUAUAGCUCUGUGGCGCUCUCUGUGACAUAUCUUUGCGGUGGUAUUACUUGAUGAUCAUAUGCAUAGUAAUAUGGUUUCAAAUUCUUAAUUCUGUUGAAAUGUUUUUAUGUUUUAUCUUUCUUCUAAAGUUGGUUUUGAUUUUUCAUGAAAAUGAAUGUGACGAGAGUUUGCGUUGCUGGGU